UCCAAGUCAGCAGUGCAACGGAGGAGCUCUCAGCUUGAUGAAGCCCCAAGGAAUACACCCGACUACGACAAAUAUCAGCCAGCCCAAGAUGUCCUUUCGCGGCAAGAAUGCGGUGGUGACCGGCGGAGCUGGAGGAAUCGGUCUGCAGGUGUCCAAGCAGCUCCUGGCCGCCGGAGCAGCGAAGGUAGCCAUCAUCGAUCUGCAGGAUAACCUGGAGGAAUUUGUGAAACUCCGAGCCGCCCAUCCCACGCAGAGCGUGAUGAUCGUCAAGAUGGAUGUGGCCAACAAGAAGGGUGUGGAGGCCACCUACGAGGAGAUUGCCAAGACCUUCGGCAACAUCGAUAUUGUGGUCAAUGUGGCUGGCAUCUUCAAUGACAAGGAUGUGCAGAGGACUCUGCUGGUGAAUCUCGGCGGCAUCAUCAACUCCACGCUGAGCGCCCUGCCCUACAUGGGCAAGGAUAAUGGCGGCAAGGGUGGCAUUGUGGUCAACAUGAGCUCGGUGGUGGGUCUGGAUCCGAUGUUCAUCAUUCCCGUUUACGGAGCCACCAAGGCGGGCAUCAUCAACUUCACCCGCUGCUUGGCGAACGAAAAGUACUAUCUGCGCUCGGGCAUCAAGUUUGUGACUGUCUGCCCAGGAGCCACGAUGACGGACAUGUUCACCAACUUCACGGAGAAGAUCAUCUUUCCGGAGACCAGCGACGAGACCUACAGGAUCCUGGAUAGGUUGAACAAGCAGAGUGCCGCUGAUGUCUCUCGCUGCAUUCUGAAUGUCCUGGAGAAGGACAAGAACGGAGCUGUCUAUGUCAUCGAGGGCAAGCGCGUUUUUCCCCUGGAAAUGAAGCCCCAGUGGACGGGCAAGGAGCAGGCCCUUUAA